AUGGCUAUUCGUCGUCUCUUCCUGUUUAUUUCUAUGUUAGCUAUGGCAUGCUGCUGUGCCAUCGCUUCAGAUCCGAGCCUUCUCCAAGACUUCUGUGUUGCAGACAAGACGUCUCAAGUUCACGUUAAUGGAUUUGCCUGCAAAGAUGCAAAAGAUGUUGUUGCCGAGCACUUCUUCUUCUCCGGCCUUCACAUGGCCGGCAACACCAGCAACAAACAGGGGUCCGCCGUGACAGCAGCCAAUGUUGCACAGAUCCCCGGGUUGAACACGAUGGGGAUCUCCAUGGUCCGUAUUGACUAUGCUCCCAAAGGACAAAACCCGCCUCACACGCACCCUCGUGCCACCGAGAUACUAGCUGUGCUUGAGGGAUCGCUCUUCGUUGGCUUUGUGACCUCGAAUCCAAGCAACACACUCAUCUCAAAGGUUCUUAACAAGGGUGAUAUUUUUGUGUUCCCAAAGGGCCUUGUCCACUUUCAGUAUAACUAUGGCAUGGACAAUGCUGUAGCUCUUGCCGCCUUGAGCAGCCAAAACCCUGGAGUAAUCACUAUUGCCAACACAGUAUUUGGAUCCGAUCCAUCAAUAUCAGAUGAUAUCCUUGCCAAGGCCUUUCAGGUCAAUCAAUACACGGUUAACUGGAUUCAAGCUCAGUUCUAA